AUGAGUCAAUCAAUUACAACUACAGGUAGUCUUGAGUUCCAAGUCCAAGUAAUGAUUAAGACAUUACGGCAAUUGGGGUACGAUAAACUAUCAUCUGAUUUACUCCAUGAGUACAGGACACAAGUACAACGAGACAAUGAACUGGGUAUCCCUGUCCUCCUCAGCUGGUUUCAUAAUGCUUUACGCACCAAUAACUAUCGUACUAUUGAUGAUUACCUUGUCCUGAUUUUACAAACUGAUCAUGAGGAGUUUAUGCACAUUACGAACUACCUUGGUGAAGAUCACAGGUCAGUCAUAAAUUCUGUGUUGUAUAUGGUGCGCAGAAUGGAUUAUUGUCAUAACCAUAAAAGUGAUAAUGAGUUUGCUUACUUGUGGGAUAAGUUGCUACCGUUAUUGGAUGUUAUUGAUAUCGACUCCAUAAGCGAUUUAUACGAUGCUCAGAUAUUGGAUCAGUUAAAGUAUGAGAACGAAGCAGAAAUACUUACAAAUGAACAUAUUCCCUUACAUAAGCUUUUUUUUAGCUUACCUGGCGUUGACAACAACAUUCAAGAAGUACAAGAUGUAAUUUUUAAAAAAGUGUUUAAAAAUUCACAUCUUAUAUUCCUUUCACCAACACAUGUGCCUUCAUUGUCGACAAUUAUUGAUCAAUCGGUGAAAUAUCAACAAUCACAAUCACCACUUUACCUUCCACCAAGAAACAAACAUGAAUGGAAGAAGUUGUUAUCCACUCAGGACCAAUCCCCAACUACAAAUAAUUUCAACGUGACGAAACUUCAUUACACAUUAACUGACCAUUUGGAUGAAGUAUGGUUCUUGAAAUUCUCCCCACUGGGUAAGUUCCUCGUUACAGGCUCACUCGAUGGUCGAUUAAUCUUGUACAAUGUUUAUGACAAUUUUCAACGUAUAAAGAUCAUGGAACCGACAAAUGCGGCAGACUCAGCUGCCUUUGUACCCUUUUCAAUAAAACCGUCAAGUGGUAAAACAAAAGCUGUUAUUUAUUGUUGUUGGGAUCCAAAAGAACAAUAUUUGGUUAGUUGCUGCUUGGAUACAGUGAUCCGUAUAUGGUCCAUUGGCGAUAUCGAUCGAAAACGCAUCACUCGAAGCGAGGCCAAUACAAGCCAUGAUAUUAAACUAAUGACGUGUUUUACUUUGGGCCAAGAUAUCAAGACAUGGUCGUGUGAGUUUUUACCAUAUACAAAGGAGACUUCAAUUAGUUCGUCAACGCCCCAGUUCAUUAUCGGCUCACCAGAUAAAGCUUUGAAAGUGUUUGACUGUCACGGAGUGGAGAUUUUUGAUUUUUAUGGCAAUUUAGAAGAUGAAGAUGACGAAAAAAGUCAACAUAAUAUCGAUGGAUUUGGAAUUCUCGAUCCCAAUCCAUCAAGCGGUACUCUUAGUGGUUCACGUCGCUCUCAUGACGCUACCACUAAUGGCGAUGCAGUAAUCAAUGACGAAGAGGAUGUAAAUGAUGACGAAGAUAACAGAAAGGAUGAUAUCUCAAUGAAAGAUGUCGAUGCGAAGUCAACUUUUACUGAAAGUCCAUUCAAUCGUAUCAACGAUUUGGCUAUUACUCCAGAUGGAAGGUUCCUCAUCACCGCAAACAAUGACAAAAAACUUCUUUUUUAUCGUAUCCCCGAUGUGUUCAAUGACGAAUCAACAACAAGGAAACUAGCAUGUAUAAACUUGCGUGGAAGGCUCACCUCAUGCUCAGUAUCAUCCAAUGGUAAAUAUGUUUUGAUCAACUCAGCCCCAGAAGAAUUGCAAGUUUGGGAUAUUUCUCCAUUGCUACACCAUGACCCACCAAUUUUGUAUCGCAAGUAUAUUGGACAUAGUCAGAGCACAUACAUUGUGCGUAGUUCAUUUGGAUACUUGAAUGAAGAAACGGGCGAAGAAGAGUUGGUGAUGAGUGGGUCAGAUGACGGGUUUGUGUAUUUCUGGAAAUUGCACACUGGACAGCUUAUUUCUCGCGUCAAGGCUCAUGUUGAUUUAUGCAAUGCGGUUGAUUGGAAUUUACAUGGACUGGUGGUGAGAAAUAACGAUUAUGGCAAAUUAUGGGGAAGUGUAGGGGAUGACAAGUUGGUAAAGAUAUGGGGAACUUAA